AUGACCAGGAUCCCUAAAUCCCUCGCUAAGGCAUGUCUACAAUGUCGAUCUCGAAAGAUCCGUUGUGACACGAGCCGGCCUCGCUGUUCGACUUGCGAGACCCAAGGCCGGGAAUGUAUUUAUCGGGUGGAGACGCCGCGGCAGAGACCGACACUGGCUCAAAUAAAUCGGCUACAACAAGAGAAUACAGAGCUCAGAUCUUUCAUUGCAAAAGUGAAAGGCGAUGAGGGAAAUAUACCCAGCCUAGCAGUGACUGAAAGUCUUGAAUCCAACCAGAAUUCACCUAGCCAGAACCGCCAGCAAAGCCUCGACAGUAUAGCUUCUUCAGAUGAAGAAUUUGAUGUUGCACCUUUUAUAUCUGUAGACGAGGCAGGUCGACUUGGCACCUUUGGCCUUUCAUCUGCCCUGCAUUAUCCAAAUAAAAGUGAAUCGUUGCACACAGUGCCUUCAGCUCAAUUGCUGAACAGGGAGCACUUGAAGAACAAGCUUAUUGCUAAUGCAGCCCUACAAAGACAAAACGAGCGUCUGCUAUUGAAUCUUCCAGAUAUUGAUGGUGUGCCUACUGAGCUCGCUCUGCAUCUGUUAGAUGUGCACUGGGCUCGGCAACAUCACACCUUUCUUCUAACAUAUCGACCGGCAAUCAUGCGUGAUCUACCUAAAGCCGAUGGUCCAAACUGCUCCCGAUUUUUACUGAAUGCCAUAUUUGCCUGCGCAAGCAAAUUUUCCUCGCGCAUUGAUGUGCGCGAUGACCCGAGUGAUUCAAUCACGACCGGCCGGCGUUUCUUCCGGCGCUGUGACGAGCUCCUAGCCCGAGAAUCCCAUCUUAUUCGCCCAAGUAUUCCAACAAUAAUUGGUCUUUUGCUCCUCGGGUCGACAUUUAUUGCCCGUGGUGAAACUUCAAAGGGCUGGUUAUACACAGGCUACGCUCUGCGCAUGGUCUAUGAUCUGGGUUUACAUCUCGACCCCAAGCAAACAAAUGAUGACGUAGAAGAAAUGGAGAUUCGUCGUCGUGUGUUUUGGGGUGCUUUUGUCUGCGACAAAAUACAGAGUCUCUACUUGGGCCGGCCUGUCGCUAUGGACCUGCGCGACUCGCAUGUCAGCCGUGAGUUCCUUGAUACAUUUGAGGAACAUGAGUUAUUUAUGCCGUCUCCCGACUCGAAAUUGUAUAAAUCAUCCUCACAGCCCCCGAUAUAUUCCAUCUCUACUUUUCAACAGCUUUGCCUCCUGUCCAGGAUCAUGACCAAGAUCACCAAUCACUUCUACACAGUCGGCAGCGUGCGGUCCUCGAGCUCUGCCAUGACUAGUCUCCAGGUCGCAGACAAAGCCCUCAAUUCCUGGAAACAAAACCUACCAACCGAACUAGACUUCAAACCAUCGUCACCUUCGGGUGCUCAUUCCCAAGCCUACCCAGCUCCAAAUGUAAUGAACCUCCACGGCAUCUACAACUCUCUCAUCAUUCUCCUCCACCGACCCUUUAUCUCCGAUGGCCAUUUACGAUCUGUUAAAACGUCAGCUUCAUCAUGGGGACGCUGCACCACAGCCGCAAAUAACAUCACGAGUAUCUCGCUGGCCUAUAAAUCGGCAUACGGUCUCCACGGUGCACCCUACAUCCUCAGCUACGCCAUCUAUGUAGCAUGCACAAUUCACGCCCGAAACGCCUUCGCAAAUGCACACUGCAAGGAGCAUAUCUCUCGCUUAGCAGCAGGUCUCACCUGUCUCGAUGAUAUCUCCGUGGUGAAUCCUGGUGUCUGCAAGCCUGCAAGCAUUAUACGGAAAUUGGCCGAGGCAAGCAAGCUUGACCUUUCCGCUGCUAAUACAGUGGCCCCCGCUUUUCAGGUUGAGUUUGUUUCUCCGGCGGAUGGUUUCAAUGCCGGGGUUGAGCUUGAUGCUAUCGUUGAGAUGUUCCCAAGUAGAUAUUCUGCUCUUGGUAAUGGUCUAGAGUUUCCCACUGAACAGGAACACGAUACGGCUUUGUUUGGACUUGAUAUUCCAUAUGAUCCGUUGUUUGGGUUCAUGGAUGGUUCUAUGGAUUUGCCUGGGCCGGAGACGGCUCUUUUGUUUGCUGAGAAUCCGUGA